AUGGGCAAUUGUGGAGUUCGCUUGGGCGUGGACGAUGAGGAGGUGCAACUCCGUGGAUGUUGUAAAAAUGCUGACAACGAGCUUGACAGAUGGAAGACACGAGAUUUGGCUUUUGUACAAGCUUUCGCCGCCAAAGAGUUGGACGACUCAAACACAUUUGAUGAUGCAGGUACCAAGGAUACAAUGAAGGAGGCAGUAGCAAAUUUGGUGCAAUCGUUCCUGUGCGGCCGACAGCUUGAAGUAUCAUCCAUGAUUUAUGGUGCAGGGGAUUUUCAUGCCUCCUUCAACAAAGAACUCAGUGAAAUGAGACUCGAACCUUUGCAUGAGACUUCAGCGUCAGAACAUGCAUGGAGUAUUCCUUUCAUUUAUGUUCUGGAGGCCACCGUCGAUCCUGGAACUCCUGGCUUGGCGCGCUACUCUCUGAACUCCAUUUUGCGUGUAAGACUUGGACCGCACAGUGGACAUGGUCCUGACACCUUGAUACUGAAGUUGACGUCCAGCGAAUGCGAAGCAAUGGCACUUUUCCUGCGAGCGACCUCCCGAGACCUGCAAAGCUCGGCAGCCUGGGAUCGUCAACGAGUGAUGGAUGAUGAAAGUGUAGCCACUACGAUGGUUCGUUCUGUUCAAUUGCUCAAAGACCCAAGGGGCUUGGCAAGUUUGGUGUUGAGUAAAGAUAGGAGUGAAAAGAAUACUAAGCAAAUCAUUGAGGAGAAUCUUGCAUGA